CCCUCCCUCCCUCUCUGCUCCUCUUGUCUGACGCACCACUGCCCCCUUUCUUUCUCUCUCUCACUAACUUGUGAGCUUGGUGGUGCCUGAUACUGCAAGCAAAGCAAACACCCCACACUUGCUUGAAAGCUUAAAGGCUUCAUCUUCAUCCUUGAAGCCAUGGAAGUAGUCAUUACCAGUUGAUGACAGUUAUGAUCAUCUGCAUUGUCUCAUGGAGUUUUGUCUUUGAAGAAGUGGGAGCAAACUCUCUCUAGACUACUUCACUGUGUUUGUCUUUGUGUUCUUCUUUGCUUGCUGUUGUCUUGUGUCUUCAAUAUCUCCAAAUUAAGAAAGUAACUGUUCAUCAAAACAGUUUGCUAGAGCUUCCUUUUCUCUUUAAAAUCUUCAUCCCAUUUUCCUUCAAUCUUCUCCUCCUCCUCCUUCUUCUUAUAUUUUUAUAAUAUAUAUAUAGGAAUAGUUUUUCAUUUCAUGAGUUGUUGUCCUUUCUCAAGACUACUUUUUGGUCUGAAUAAACAAAGGGACUAGCUAGCACAAAGAUAGAGAGAGAGAGAGAGAGAGAGAGAGAGAGAGAAAGCAUGGAUCUUUCUGGUCAUGAAGGGGAUAUCCCCAUCCCAAUCCCCAUAAGCAGCACUUAUGGAGGUGGAGGAGUUCAGAACCUUCAAGACAACAAUAACAACAACAGCAACAACAAUAACAAUGGACCUCUCCCACUCACCAUUGAAGAGCAGCAGCAUCAUCAUCAUCAUCAUCACCAAAACAAGAAAGGAGUGGUAGUGAAGUACAGAGAGUGUCUAAAGAACCAUGCAGCUUCCAUAGGAGGGAAUGCCACUGAUGGAUGUGGAGAAUUCAUGCCAAGUGGAGAAGAAGGCACCAUUGAAGCACUCAAAUGCUCAGCUUGCAACUGCCACAGAAACUUCCAUAGAAAAGAGAUUGAAGGUGAGCUCCCUCCUUCUUCCUCCUGUGAAUGCUACCACCAUUACAGAUCAAUGAAAGUUGUGAACCAUCACCCCCAUCACCAGCAGCACCACAAAGGUGUUCUCAUCCCAAGACCUUCUCCACAUCAAAUGAUCAUGCCCUUAGGAGCUGUUGUUCAAACCUCUGAGUCUGAUGACAUGGAAGGUGUUCUUGCAAGACCUCCAAUUGUCAAAAAAAGGUUCAGAACCAAGUUCACUCCAGAGCAGAAGGAGAAGAUGCUCAGUUUUGCUGAAAAGGUUGGAUGGAGGCUUCAGAAGCAGGAGGAGAGUGUGGUGCAGCAGUUCUGUCAGGAGAUUGGUGUCAAGAGGAGAGUUCUUAAGGUUUGGAUGCACAAUAACAAGCACAAUUUGGCCAAGAAAUUGGCUCCUCUUCAGCUCCAGUGAUCACCUUCUCAUCUUCAUCUUCUUCUUCUUCUUCUUCACUGUUCAUCUUUCUUUCUUGCUUUUUUACUGUGUUUUUCUUCUAAGUUUUUAUAUAUUCUUGUACUUUUAGUAGUUGUAGUAGUUCUAGUAGUAGUAGUAGUAGUAACCAGUGU